AUGGUCUCAUUCUCAUGUGAGGUCUGCCAGGAGACGUUAAAGAAGGCCAAGCUUGAUCAACACUUCAACAAAUGUCCAAACGCUCAGUUCACCUGCAUUGAUUGCAGCGUGACAUUCUAUGGGAAUGCUUACAAACUGCAUACAAGUUGCAUCUCGGAAGAUCAAAAGUAUCAAAAGUCUCUGUACAAGCCGAAAAAGGGCUCUGCACAAGCAUCACAAUCAACGCAACAAGCGGAAAACAAGGCUGUCGAAAAGCAACGACCAGGUGACAAGCUGCAAUCAUCUACUCUGGCCUCUUCAUCAUCCAACAAAGGAGCGAACGGAUAUGAGCCAAACUAUGCUCAAGCUCCGAAAUCAGAACCCUUGAUUACUGAAAUCAUGAAGCAGAGCAAAAAGAGAGCACCAGAGGAAGACGAUGUCCAUGUCUUGGAACCUGAAAAGAUUAAAAAGAAGAAGAAGAAGCAAAAGGAAGCCGAAUCAGAUAUACUAGUAGUAGACAUUCCAACCACCGUCGAUACAUCCGCCUUCUCACUACCAUCUGUAAAGACAAAGAAAUCAUCAUCAAAUGUAUCAACAUUCAAAACAACCCCCGUACCAUUAUUCAGACCUGCAUCAGCUCCCAUGGGAGCUGGAUUCAAGACUUCAUUACUCGACAUAGAACCAGCAGUCAUGCCAGACACUCCAAGCACAGAGACAGACCUUAUAGCUGGUGUCUCACCAGGCUCUACACCAGUAUGGACUCGCUCAGCAAAGAGUAUGAGGCAGACAGUCUCCAAACUUGCAGCCACUCCACAAAUCAUUGAACUCUUUCAGGAAGCCAUGAAGGAAGCCUUUACUGAAAGAGGAACGCAAGUGAGCUUGGGUGAACUCUCUGACUAUGUCGCCUCACUCACGGCUCAUCGAUUGAAGGAACAAGGCAUUGUCUUGAAAGCAAAGGACUUGAUGAGACUUCCCAACUUGUUUGCUAUGCAUGCCAUGGUUACAUCAUCAUCAAAACGACCAGGCCAAUUCAUUAUAACCAUUCCCGACACUGUAGUUCCUCUCGACGAACGCACUGUCUUACAUGCUCCUAAUGCACCUGAUUCACCAGAAGAUAUAGAUGAAGGUGGACUAGGCUGGGUGAUUGACAAGAAUCCAACGCCUGUAGCCAUUUGA